AUGAAAGCUUCAACACUACUUAGUGCGGUCUCGGCUAUAUCGACCCUGCUAGCGAUGCCGGUUGCAGCAACACCAUCCCCAAACCCACCGAGCCUAAACUUCCUAUACUCUAUGAAUACUACCGUCGGAGAGCCCAUCGAAGUAGGCAAUGGUCCCUGGGGAGCUCGCGUAGCCAUCCCCGUCACUGGCGGGACUUUCAAAGGGCCCAGACUAUCCGGAAAGGUCCUCGACAUAGGUGCCGAAUGGGGCGUGACUGACUCCAACGGGACAUUCAGAGCCGAUGCAAGGUAUCAGCUCAAGACGGAUGACGGGGCGAAUAUCUACGUCCAGGUGAAUGGGCCGAGUCAGGGUGAGGGACAUUCGCAGUCUAGGAUUAUACUGGAAACUGGCAGUGAGGAGUACUACUGGCUGAACGAUGUUCUUGCAGUUGGCGUCACCACUCUGGGACACGGGUGGGUGGCGGUUGAUGCGUGGGAAUUGGUUAGCCCGGAAUAG